UUCUUGUCGCGCGCGACGAUAAGCGUGAGUGCUGGCCAGUAAGUUAGUCUCCCACACGAAUUACACAAGAAUAUUUCCCCUUUGGGAAAAUACAUGAACCAGACCGUGCGCGCACAGCAGAGUAGAGCAGAGCAGACGUAGCGUCGGUUUAAAAGCGCUUGCAUCGCAACAACAGGGCUUCAUUUUAGGCAAGGUCAAGCACGGCGCAACAACAUAUCGAAUGAAAGAAGAAAAAUAAAUAUAUAUAUGUAUAUAAAAUCAGUAGCAUCAGCAAGUGAUAAAGUGAAAAACACAGCGACUAGCUCAAGUGUGUUUGCGAGCUGUUGGCCACUGUGCAAAGGAAGCAAACAAAGCGGAAUAAACGACACAGCGCAAAGAGGCGGCUGACAACAACUAAAACAAGCAACAGCAGCUUUGACACCAACUACAAUAAUAAAAAGAAGAAGCAAAGAAAAAAAAACAGCCAAAACAAAAACAACAACAGCAGGCAAAUAAAACCCGGCAAUAAUUUUUAGUCGUGCCAGUUUGUUUAUUAAAUAUACUACGUAAAGCGCAUAAGGAAAAGAAAUCAGUAACGUGUCGACUCUCAGUUACCCUGUAAAAAGUUUACAUUUAUUGUGUAUAUAUAACAAAUUAUAAAAAUAUUACUACAAAACUACUGAUAAACUAAAAAAAUUUACAAAUUUUAAACAAAACAACUAUAAAAAAAAUGCCGCCAAUGUGGUGGAAAAUGAUCAAAAUUAUGUUGCUGCUCUUCGCGCUCUUCGCUACGAUAGUUUGUAUCAAUAGCGAAAUGUCGAAGCGACGCAGCGAGGCAGCUGCAGCAGUAGCUGUAGAAACGAACAGCAGCCAGACGGAUACGACGUCCUUUCUCUCCCAUCAACUAGUGAACGUGGCCUUCAAGGAGCAGCAGGAGGAGCCGCAGCAGCCGCAGCGGGACAUCAAAGAGGUGGAGCUGCCCGCCGAGGAUAUUGACGAGCGCGUUCGUUCCAUAUUCAAAGUGCACGAUGGCCAUGGUGUGAUGCUUUUCAAUACGACGGCCAUGAAUGAUGAUGCAUCUCUCAUGCCCAUAUCCACAGUGCUUGGCCAACAGCCAGCAGCCGACCAGUUUACCACCACCAACAUAACUCACACCCAAACUUCAAUGCAAAUUCAAACUCAAACUCAAAGUGAAACUCAGUCUCAGUCGGCGUCUCAGGCCAAGCCCAAGCACUAUCAUCAAUAUCAAAGCUUGAAUCAUCAGCAACAGUCCUUCAAAGUGCAGCGCUCACCGGAUGGCAAGCUGAAUCUCGUCUUUAAUGAACCGAUCGUCUCUUUACAGACCACCAUACAGCAGCCAACGCAGCAGCAGCAGCCAUUGACGCCGCCGCAGCAGCAACCACAGCAGCCACGUCGUCCCAUCUCGGAUGUUAUCGUGUUUCCCGACUCAAUAGAUAAAUAUCGACCCACCCGGCCGACGCCUAUCGAUACGGGCGAUCUGUGCGUGGAUGGCUUCAAUCAGAGUCGCUCCUUCUGCACCAAGGUCAACAACUAUCCGGAUCUAUCCGGCCUGAAGGGCAUUCUAUCGCGUCGCUUCGCCAACUUCUUCAGCGACGAGCCGCAGCCCACGGACUUUGGUCUGCGCAUGAACGAUGAUGAGAUGUAUCUGUGCAACAGUCACGUGAGGUACUUGUACCCUAAGCUGGGCCAGAGGCUGGAUCUGUCAUGGCAGUAUAUAGUCAAUACGGACGAGUUCAAGCAGGGCAUACUUAUCGAGGAGUGCGAUCACGAGGGCGAGAGCUGUCAGUUCUUGGAUAGUUUUCCCAACAACUAUGUGCCCGUGUGCAAGCAGCACUAUGUGAUACGGCACUUGGCCACGAUUAACAAUGCCAGCAGCGGGCAGCCUGAGGUGGCCAACGAGCCCUUCAAGAUACCCUCCUGCUGCAAGUGUGUGAUCAAGAGCAAAUACUCCGUGGAGAGCAAGCCCUAAACAAGACUAAGCCAACGCAAAGAGCCGGAUACUACGUACGACAAACUAACGAAAGCGAAACGAAAACAAACCAAUGCCAAUUUCUGCACAUGUGAUUUUGAUCGACACGUUUCACCCACCACAGAAUGGCAGGCCAAACUGUCUAGGGUUUUAAUUGUUUAUUUUUAUUUUAUUUCCUUUGUACACUUUGUAGACUAGCUGUUUUAUAUGCACAUAAAACACAUUUUAAUGUUUAAGUACUAAUAAUCAAUAUAUAUUUUAUGUAACUAUUGCUAAAGUUAUUUGCAAACACUCAUCGAAUAGCCAUAAAUGUAAGUCAAUUGUU